AUGGAUGAAGGUCUCUUCAGUGACUCCCUCCAUUUCUCCAACGAUCCUAUCACUCAUCAUCUCACCAGCUCGCAAAAAGGGUCAACCAGUGGCGCAGAUGGUCGCAAGAAGUCAUUCCUUCCCGUCUUUUACCAUACCUAUCCUACAUUCAGACAACCUCAGCAAGAUAUUGGAGUUUGCAUAGCUGGAUGUAGGACUCGGAGCAUUACAGUUGCAUGCGUGCACUUCGACGUAUUGAAAGAAAUCGACAUCAUUGCAUGCCCUUGUUUCCCUGCCCCCCUCCAGCUCCUCUGUCGCGGUCUGUUUCCAUGUGCUCCUGUCACUCCCUCACUCGCAGUGGACUUGCGCAUUUUAGAGUUCAUCCAUCUGCUCUUUGUACGUCAGUCUCCCAACCAAACCGCUUGGUGUGAUGCGGUGGAAACCUUUCCAGAUGGAAUGGGUUACAAAUUGUUCUGCAAGAAUAACUUGCGUCAUCGUUUUGGCAAUGUUUUUCACUGGUACCGAGUACUGACCAUCAUGGCUCAUGAUCACAUUUCCACCCUCAUCACCGACCCCAGUGAAUACCUCUGUUCUCAUUGCCUGCUUUGUUUCAGAGGAAACACUUACCAUGGAUCAGAUCUUCAUUCUAUCCUAGACAUUAUCAUUUGCAUAGAUGCUUGUUUUACCCAAAAAUGUUCGACUAAUCCUCGCAGUGCUGACAGUAUCAACCCUCCUAAUCCAACUCCAACGUUCUUUCUAUCGGAUGACAAUGUCAAAGCGAUGGAGGCUUUCGUACAGAGUUGUUGCAGAGAGAGACGUCGAGUACGGGUCUCUAGAGUGAAAGGUGAUGAGGAUCACUAUGAAGAAGGGAUGCAUGUGCCAGUGUCUGUGCUGAACGGAUGCAGAGAAUCCUUUGUAGCUGCAGAUGAAAAGCAUCAAAAGGCAAGCCUGAUGGCCCUGCUAUGUAGACAUGACCGUGUCCUCUGGCUUGUCAACCUCACAUCAGCAGGAGAAAAGCAACACUACGCGCUCGCCCUCCUGGACCAGCUGUUCAAGCAUAUACCCCCUCAGAUGACCGUAGGACUUCCCUAUGACAUCGGAUGUCAACUCAAACGAAGCUGCCGAAAAUGGAAUCUUCUGGACGACAACACUCUAUCACACAUAUCCUUCGCCAUUGCGGUAUUCCAUGCAUAUGGCCACCAAUGGCCCUGUCAAAUCUUCCAUCAACGUCUUUUCGUCCUCGAUGUUCAGAUUCACCACCUGGACACACAAUCUAUCCAAGGCUAUGGGCAUUGGCUUCACCGGCGAUGGAUCCAUUGCCAGACGAAGAAGAACGCGGCUCUGGACAGUUUACUCAACUUAGACAUCGACGAGGAUAUGCUUCGUGCUCAGUGGAAGGCGCAAAUUGCUCACCAGACACGACCCAUUCCAUGGCAAUCCAAGAACAAAGCAGCGGAGGUUAUCACAACUAUCCUUGCGCUGGAGAAGACCCUGGAUGCUUACAAGACUUCUGUCCAUGAGCUAGAGAUGCAGCUUCAUCUCUCCAACGCUCGAUCACAAUGUGCCAAAACCACUGAUACCCUUCAGCAUUGUAAAGCUACUCUUGGAACGCAAGCAAAGGCCGAUCUUGAGAAGAUGAAGAACAAUACUUAUCUGACAGUCCGCUUGAAUGCUCGUGCAGUGAAAAUUUGUAUUCGGGACCGUCUCCGUCAACGCAAGUUUGAUUUGGAGAGGCUGGAGAGAUUGUAUCGAGCAACAAUUAAUGCGGAACACAAGAUUCGCACGAGCACCCAGAUUCUCAAAUUGGUCUCCACUUACAACAGCCUAUGUACUCAGUUGCGGUCUCUGAUACGUCAGUGGAGAGUUCCCCCUUCUACUGUUCCACCUCGCCCUAUUAUACGUGAGGGCAUCUUUCUACUUGACGUCGAUGAUGAGAUCUGGCAAGAUAUUGGUGUGAAAGAGAAAUAG